AUGCGUGUUAAAUGUUGUUUGUGUAAAUCUUUGUCUUUGUGUAAAUGUCCUGAAAAUAAAAUUAAAGAAUGGAGUGCAGCCAUCGGUGUUGAGCUGAAGAAACACUCCCGGAUUUGCAUGCAUCAUUUCAAUGACUCCGAUUAUAUUGAACUGCAUCAAGCCACAAAACGUGCACGUCUAAUACCAAAUGCGACAUCUUCUCAUGAGCCAGUAAAAGGCGCGUUUAAUAACAAUUUACCCCUAAAUGCUGCAACUGCAACUAAUCAUACAACAUCAACAACAACUAUAACAAAUCAUCUUAAUAAAAGGAGUUCAAAAGAUGAGCAUUAUCUACUUAACUCAGGCUAUAAACAACUUCAUACAACUACCAGCAACUGUCAACUUUCCACUGCAGGAGCAGCAGCAACAACAACAACAUCGACAACAACAAUUUCCUGUUUUGCUUACAACAACACCCCAGCAACUACAGCAACAUCUACAUCUACAUCAUCUACCACAAACUCAUCUAUUAUUGCAGCAACCACAACAAAAUUUACUCUUAAUCCAAUGACUAAACAAUUGUCUAGCAACACAACACCCUCAGGAGUUACCACUGCUGCAGCACAAACAGCUGCAGCGGCAGCAGGAGCAGCAACUUCCUCCCCAAUUAAUGGUGUAGUAGUGGCUACCGCAAAUGGUAGCAUUGCAAACACAUUUCUCAAUACAAAUCUAACUCCUACAAUUAUAUCACCCACGGCCUCUUUAUCACCUGCAACCAAUUCACCACAAUACUCCUCCAUAACGGGCACCAUACCCAAGAAAACACAAUUGCAAAUACCCUCCCACAACCACUCCCACAUAAUAAACCACAAUACACAAGCAGUAACAGCUGCAGCAGCAACAUCUCUAUCGCCCACCUUUACGGCAACAAAUCACGGGACAACAGCCACAACAACAACUUCACCCAACUCGGCAACAGCAACUGCAAAAACAACAUCGGCAGCAGCUGCAACAGCCAAAAAAUCUUCAUCUUCUUCGUCCUCUUCGAAUGAUGCCAAUGGUCGUUCGGCUGCCUUAGAGCGUGCCUAUGUCCAUGAUGUCUAUGAGAAUUGCGAGGAGCCAACUGGGUCAUUACGACCGCGUGUUGCUCAAUUUCUUAGUAAUUUAGAAGCUGGCUCAGUGGUCUGUGAUGUUGGCUGCGGUAGCGGUCGCUAUUUGACACAAUGCAAUCCCUCCAUCUGUACGGUGGGAGUGGAUCGUUGUUAUCGUUUGAGUCGUGUGGCCAAGGAAAAGGGUGGCGAGGUUGCACUAUGUGACAAUCUUGAAUUACCCUUCCGGGAUGAAUCAUUUGAUGCUGUUCUCUCCAUAGCUGUGGUACAUCAUUUUGCCACCACUGAGCGCCGGGUAAAUGCCUUGAGGGAGUUGGCUCGCAUUUUGCGUAUUGGUGGCAGGGUGGUUAUUACUGUGUGGGCUUUGGAACAACGUCAUAGACGUUUUGAGUCGCAAGAUGUACUGAUACCCUGGCAACCGCCUAAAAAUCGUAAUUUCAACUAUUCGGAUGAGGAAGAUGAUGAGGACUUUUUGCCGCCGUAUCAUGCGUACACAGAGGAUUCAACGAAUUCCAGUCGUUCGGCUGGAGAUGGUGAUAGUUCGAGUUUGUCUUCGUCGUCGCCGGGCGAGUCGUGUUACAGUUUUGUUCGCCGGGCCAUACAGAAACUAGCUGGUGGCCGCAAGCAUGCCUGGUUCCUGGACUCCUGGACCUCCAAGGAUACCAAAAACGAUAGUAGUUUAGAUUAUGAAGAUGCAAAAGAUUUACCCAUUGAAUUGCGUCGCUUAGAAGACUUUGAAGAUUUUACAGAUCCGCCCCUAUCGGCGGGUCUAAAAUCUCGUAGUCUAGGUAGUAUACUCAAUCCACCACCACGACAAAUUGUACGCUCACGUUCAAGUGUACCAAGUCUCGGUGGUCCCCUACUGCAUGUCGAUAAGAAUACAAACUCUACACAACUCUUAGAUGCUCAUGUCGCCGGACAGGCGGCUAAUAUCACCAAUUCCGCCACUACCAAUAAUCAUACGAAUGGUCAUUCACCCACAAAUCAAACGCUAAUAAAUGCUAAUAGCAACACAAAUGCUGUUGCCACAGCUCAUGCAUCAACGAAUCUUAGUCGCCGUCCUAAACUCAUUAAGCAAAAACAGUCUCUUUGUGAUGAAGACUAUGAACUGCCAGAUAUGCCAUUUCACAUGUUGAGCCAGUACAAUGUAAAUACGAAUGGUGUCACCAAUACACUGUUUGCCAAACAGCAUUCGCUGCCCGGGCAACAUCUGACCACCCGCCAAAUGCGUAAACAGAGUUCGUUGAAUGAGGAGCUAAUGGCUGGCAAUAGGAUAAGGGAAAAGGAAAGGGUACGCAAAAGGAUACAAAAGCAAAUGUCACUCAAUGAAGCGUUUCUGUGUCGUUCGGCCCUGUUCUCUAAGCGAUUGCAGGUUAUACGCGAAGGUUUUACCAGCAAGAUCAAAAGCUCUACUGGCAGUUUGGAGAGAGUAACCAAAACCGGUCUAAACAAAAUAAUGCAAAAUUUGAAAACCACACCAGAAGAGAAAACGCCCACAGCGGCCCAAGUUAAUAGUAAAACUCCCAAGGGCAAUAUUUGCACGCAUGAGCAUCAUCAUCAUCACCAUCAUCAUUACCAGCAGCAGCAUUCUCCUUUGGUGAGUAAUUUCCAAACCCAUUUACAUCAUUUGCUGCAUCGCCAGAAUACCACCAACAAGUUUGCGGGUCCCGUAACAAUGUGCAAAAGUUUGGAUUGUAGCACCACGGCCUGUUAUUGCCAGACCUAUCAUCAAGCCUGUUCGCAAUGCACCAAUGCGGGUGAUGAGGAGAAGGCUAGAAGACACUCCCGAGAAUCGGGCUCUGACUCUUCCAAAGACAGCAGUUUGCAAUCUGAUACUAGUAUAGAAUCCGAAGAUAGUUUUGCCUCGGUUAUAUUUAUACCCAAACCCGAGCAACAUCAGCAGCAGCUGAACUAUCAGAAACAACAUCAAAAUUCCAAUUCCAGUUCGAGUAAUUCCUCCUCCAGUAAUGGUGGGGGUUGUCAUGUGCACAAAACCUGUUGCCAGAGUAAGUGUGUUUCCUCCUCCUCCACUUUGGGCGGCCAAUGUUGUAAAUUGGAUAUUAAUGGUCAUCGUAUAUCAUCUGUGCCAACCUCCCCUCUUAUAAUGCCCUGCCCUCCAACGCCUGCUCAUUCCCCGGCUGCCGCUCAAACGGCCGUUACUUCCCCGCCCCAAUCCAUGCCUGCGGUUAUAGCUGCAAUGGCCAUGUUUACACCUCCUGCUAAGAACACUCUGCCAGAGAAAAGCUCUGAGGAUAAAACUCUUUUAAAUGGCCUUAACAAGACCAGAUUUAAUUUCGAUGAAGCCCAUAUAAAACAGCAAGAGUCCAAGGAUCUGCAGCAGCAGCAAGAACUGAAACAAAAGCAACAACAGAAAAUCCAAGAAAUUAAAAUGGAAAUGAAAAAAGAAUUGGAACAACAACCUAUAGAGAUUAAGAUAACCAGGCAGACCAUCAAAGAUUUGCCGCCCAUACCGAAAUUCCGCAAACAGCAGUCUUUACAAAUUACCCGGCAAAGUUUUCCCAUAGUAAGAAGAACUACCACAGCCGGAGGAGGAGCGGCCAUAGCCACCAUACCUAAACUAAUGUCUUUAGAGCUAUUCAAUCCGGCUACCGAUGAUUUGGAUAGUGAUUCUAGUGAACCUUCCUCGCCCGAUUCGGUGGAUAGUGUCAUAAGUGCGCCUAGGUCCAGCAAUUUAACAACAGCUCCCAGCUUGGAUCAGGCCAAAGAUGUUACUCCUAACGAGGAUAAGCUACAGGGAACUGAAACAAAAGCCGAAGGUUUGCUGGAAUCUGAAACAGACUCUAGCAUGAUAGUCAACGAUGACAAAUCGGAUAUAUUACCCAACAAAUAUGGUGGCGGCAUGCAAUCAAACCAGCCACAAGAUUGCCAAGAAUUUGCUGAACAAUUAAGUGCCCAAUUGAUGCGAGAGUUGGAGGAGAAAAACAAUAAAGCCGAAACAAGAUCACUGGAAGCCAGUGAAGAAUUCUUUGAAGAUCCCUUUUCGCAACCACGCAAGCGAAAUGGUGAAAAAGAUUUCGCCGCCUUACGAGAUGAGCUCAGAGAACGUAGACUUAUGUUGGCCAAUUUAUCAACACAACCCAGCCUUAAUCAAUCGCCUAACUCCUCCUCUACUUCAUCGCUCUCCUCACAGACCAGAAGCUUCACCAUACACGAAGAAGACGAGGACGAGGAUGAGGAGGAAAAUGAGCGUAGCUACACUUUGCAGUUGUAUGAAAAUUGUAAAAUUUCCAAAUUUAAUUAUAAAAGACAUCUACACAAUAACUUACAUCCGGAAACGGCUUAUUUGCUGCAAGAUGAAGACUCCUCCAUUAAGGAUGACGAAGAAGAGGAAUUGGAGGAAGUGGAACAUGAUGUCAUACUGGAAGAAGAUGAGGACGAGAUAAGGGCUGAGGCUGAGGAAACUUUGGCACAACAGCAACAACAACAAACGACCAACAAAACCAUUACAGCUAAAUGUGAUUCUAUGGAGGACAAGGAGGAAGAGCCCACCACCACAGCAACAACAACGAAAAAGAGUUCGGGCGAAGAGACCAUCACCAAUAACACAAACUCCACCAUGCAAAAUCGCAAUCAAUCGACCGAAUCUUGGGAGCAUUCAAAUAGCUCAACCACUUCACUUGAUAGUCCAUCACAAGGUGGCGCCACCACACACCAUCGCUACUAUCACGUUUUUCGCGAGGGCGAACUUGAUGCUUUAAUUAAUCAUCAUGUGGCCAGUCUGCAUAUAGUAUCAUCCUACUAUGAACGUGCCAGUUGGUGUGUGGUAGCUGAAAAAGUGCAAGUAUGGACAAUUUGA